AGAAAAUCCCAACCCCAGGCCAACGUGUCUGUCACAAGAGAAACAUUUGAUAAGAAAGGAGAUGUUUUGUUUACACACUUUUACGAGAUCGCCAACUACGGCCCAUCAGACCUGUAUAACUUGAAAGUGGAUUUUUUACUAUCGGAUGGUGUAUGCCCAGCAAGCUCCAUAGAAGGGUCGAGCUUUCAUGAAAAUAAGCUCUCGUUCGUUGCCGCAAAGCUCGAAGCUAAUUCAACCACGGGUUACAUAUUACCCCUGCGAUUUAACCAUUCACAGAGCGGUGACAAGCUGAAUGACGAAGAGACAAUGAAUGUGACUACCAAGAUGUUCAUUUACGUUCAAAAUGGUAAAACAAAAGAAAACUGGACAAUGGAAGUGACCACUACAUUAUUACUGGAACCCAAGACUCCAAUUUGGCCUCUGAUUGUGGGUCUGGUGGCUGGUCUCUUAGUUCUAGCUGCCAUCAUAGCUGCUUUGUAUAAGUUCGGGUUCUUCUCUCGCCAAAAGAAGGAAGACCUGAAACAGCUGAUUGAAAACCAAGCAUCACAAGAAGACCCUGGGAACUCGUCCAACCCUUCAACAGUCGAUACCGACAGCACGACAAGAGAACUGCUAGACAUUACAGAGUAGACUAUCCAGAAGACCUGGGUAUCUUAACUUCUAUGUCCCUGUGGGUUCUUCUUCGCUCUAUCAAAAAUUUCGCGACCAAUUUAUCACAAAUGCGAUUAUUAAAAUACUAUCUUGAGCUGAAAUGAAGAUUAAAAAAAAACAAAAAGUUUCGGGAAUGUGGAAAUUUAUUAAGUUGAAUAAACUAGUCGAUUAAGAGUCAAUAGGACUUUCAUCUCAUGAAACCAAAAAAUAAAAGAAAUGUUUA